GACGGUACGUGCUGGGUUGUUCAGAAACAAAAGAUCUAGCAAUAUUCAAAAUUUCAAUUUCUUUUCUCCUUAAAGACAAUGGGCCAUUUCACAUUCAUGUAUAAAAAUAUUAAUUAUAAUUUAUUUUUAUCGAACAUAAAAAAAAACAAUAAUCCAACUGCAACCAGAGAAAAUUUUGAUUUUAUUUUGUUGGAUUCUUCCUAUCUGGAGCGGCAGAUUGUCUUCUCUGCUCUGCUCUGAAUAAUGAAUUUUAUUACCCAAAUUUCUUUAUUCUUCAAGAUUCAGCGCUCACUGGGAGCAAUUUUUUUUCAUGAAUUAUGGAUAAACUGAUCGAAGUAGAAGAGAAAGAGGUGAGGGUGGAAUUCGAUUUGAAGAAAAAAUGCAAAACCACAAUUCACAUGAGAAAUCUGAUGGAAACAUCUCACGUUGCAUUCAAAAUACAGACAACAGGUCCUGAAAUAUUCGCAGUGAAUCCUCCCAACGGUUUUAUUCCUCCGCAGGCUGAUUCCACUUUGGACUUCAUCGUUAAGCCCACCAGCGAUCUUCCGAAGGAUUUCCCCAUAACCAAACAUGUGAUCCUCAUCCAAGCCCUACCUGCAAUCAGUCCAACGCCCUCCCUGCGCGUACCCAAAGAUUGGUUUGCAUCUCGCCAAGAACAGGGCACUUGGAAGGAGAAGCUCAGGGUGGUUUAUACAGGGGCUUUUCUCCUGAGACACGCAGUGGAGGGUUUGGAUCAAGAAAGGGUUUUAAAUAUGGUGAAGCUUGGAGGCCUGGAAAAGUUUGUUAAUGAGGGGGACAAAGAGAGCGGGAAAACGGCUCUGCACAUCGCGGCAGGGAAAGGAAAUCUGGAAAUUGUGAAGCUGCUUUUGGAUUCCGGAGCAGAUAAGGGCGCCAAGGGUUUUACAGGGCAAACCCCUGUUUAUGAUGCAGUUUUCUCUGGAAAUCUCGAAGUUGUGGAGGCUUUAAUGGAGGGAAAUGAAGGGGAAUUUGUGGAUUGGGGAGAGCUUAAGGAUUCCCGCGGCUGGAAUCCCCUGCAUUUGGCUGCAUCUCUUGAUUUUUGCGGCGCUGUGGAAUUCAUGUUGGAAAGGGGAAUUGAUGCAGAGGUUAGGGAUAACGAAGGGCGGACGCCCCUGCAUAUUGCGGCGGCUCAAGGGGAUGGUCGCUGUGUUGAGGCUCUGCUUGCAGGUGGUGCCGAUGUGGAUGGUAUCAGUUCUGAUGGCUCUACUGCUCUGCACUGUGCUGCAUCUGGAGGUCAUGUGGACAUUGUUGAGGGUUUGUUGGAUUCCUGUGCAAACAGAGGCAUUCGGAAUCUUGUUGGCCAGACUGCUUCAGAUUUGGCAUUUCAGAAUGGUCAUAUGGAAGUGUUACAGCUUUUAGAUUAUGGUGAUAAAUUUCUGGAGUCUGCUAGGUGUGGAGAUGUGGAGAAGGUGGUAUAUUGGGUAGAGAAAGGAGUGGAAUUGAAUUGGAGAGAUCAAUUUGGGUGGAGUGCAUUGCACUGUGCAGCUUUGAAAGGGUAUGAGGAAAUGGUGAAGAAGUUAAUAGAACUGGGCGCAAACGUUGAGGCGAAAGACAGUCAAGGAAACACUCCAUUGCACUGUGCAGCUUAUGGUGGGCACUCUGAGGUGGUGAAGAUUCUGGUUCAAAAUGGAGGAGAUGUUGAAGCUCAAACUCUCCGAAAUGUCACACCUUCAACCAUUGCCACAAUCUCCAGCUUUGAUUCAGUAAGCACAGUUCUGUAUGAUUAUUUGGACGAUAGCGUGAUGAUAGAAUAUAAAGUCUGAUCCAAAUGCUGGUCACAAAAUUAUAUGCAUAUACAGUUCUUGAUCACAAAAUUAUAUGUGCAUAUACAGUUCUAUACAUAAUUUUUGUAUUUUAUUUUAUAUAUCAUGAAAAUUUCAUAAUAAACAGUCUGUUAAAAAAUUAGAUGAUUUUUGCAAAGUUAAUGUCAAAUAUCCAAUGGCUUUUUGGAUAAAUAUAUAUGACACAAUUGUUUAUUAUUUUUAUGUAGAUCAUGUUCAUAAUAAACAGUCUAUUUAAAAAUUAGAUUAUUUUUGCAAA